GCCGGAUUUCAUAUCCUUUCAAGAGAGCGGUCUUCAAUUUGGUGGAUAAAAUCUAACGGUGCGGUAAAGAAAGCAUUGACAAGAGUUAUUUCUUGAGGUGUGAUGUCUACAGACAAUCGCGAUGGAAGGUGGAACUGGAGUCUACUACCAAGCAAUGCCUGCAGUGGGACCGGAUGGGAAAAAUGUCAUGAAGUUGAUCCCUGUCCACAAAGUGAACGGACAGUUUUUCCAGACACCGUUCAUUGCAGAAAGGGACAAUGUUGAUAUACAGCUAAAAGUUCUAACAAAACCUGUUCAUCCGUCCCCAGCCCCUUCAUCUCAGCCACAGACUAGACUCCCAUCUGUUCAGCCUAUAGCAGAUGGACGGUAUGUCUUAACGCCGCCAGAGGUCAGCACUUUAUUUAACUCCAAAAAAGUUCAAAACAGUGGAACUAAUGAGUUAUCCAAACUCGCUCCUAAGCAAGUGCUUGUUCCUCUUGCAGUGCACACAGUUUCUCAGUGUGCAGUACAGUUACCCCCUCAAACCAAUGGACAGACCAUGGCAGUUGUCCAAAAGCUGCCUGUUACCGUAAAGUCACCUGUUCUUCCAAAUGGUCAUUGCCUUCAGAUCCCUCCAAAUGCGAAAGUUAGGACUCUUCCAGCCUCUGCACUCCCACCUUCCAUCAAAAGCCGGAUAAUGAAGUCUGUAAAUAACAUCUCUAACAAUGAGAAGAGUCCACCGACAGUUGUGUUGGUGUCCCCUGUGAACUCUGUGAAGAUAAAUUCUGACCAACAAGUGUUGUUGGCAAACCCAAGUCAAAUACAGAAGGCCUUGUCUCAAAAUCAGCCUGCAAACUUUGGGACAAACCCAACUGUUUGUUCCCCAUCCAAUAAAAAACCAAGUGAAAAUGUGAACACUCCAAUUAAAUGGGUAGUUCAGGAGGGGACGGGUGCAUUUGCUCCUUGUCUUGUACCUGUAUCAUCAACACACGUGAACUCUGAUUCCAUAGGAGUCAAGCAUGUAGAGUCAGUCACCACAACAAGUGAAUACUUGGCAAGCAAAGCCACGCCUGCUCAAAUCAGCCAAGAAAAGAUCAACCCAGGCAAGGACAAUGCCCUUGUCAUGUGCAAUGGGAAGGUCUACUUUGUGGCCAAAAAGAAUUCGGAGAUCGCAAGGGAUGUGAUGGUCAGUGAAGGUGGGAAAAAGGGGUUUAUCAGCACCUCUCCUGCUCUGCCCUCUAGCUCUGCUCUGGCAUUAGAAUCUUCUAAGGUAACUAAAGAGCAGAACUUAAAAAUAAAUGUAAACAGUGGUACUCCAAGUGAAAUUAUUGAUCUCUGUGAUGAUGACGAGGAGAGUUCCACAUGCCUGGGAGGUUCCCCUGGCAAUUUGCCCACACCAAGUCAAACAGAAGUGGAUGAGAGUGAUGAAGACUCUAAUGUAAUAUUUGUAUCAUAUAUUCCACCAAAGUCAGAGACUCACGCUGGUGAGAAGGAGACAAAUUCUGCCUCUUGGAACAAAAGGAUAGAAAUGGCACACACAGAGAUGGAAAUGUCUGCAAAAUCCACCUCUCAGAAUGAAAGGGAAGAAAUGGCACACGCAGGGAUAGAAAUAAGUGAAAAAUCUGCCUCUCAGAACGAAAGGGAAGAAACGGCGCACACAAAGAUAGAAAUUUGCAAAAAAUCUGGCUCUCUGAGGGAAAGGGUUGAAACGGCACAUGCAGAAAUGGAAAAAGAUGGAGAUCAGGAAAAUCCUGCUGCUAUGGAUGGUGAUGAUAAGAUGGGUGUGGAUGAGAAGGCCAAGGAAUCUGAAAUGGCAGAGAAGAACUUGAGUUUUCUAUCUGAAAAUGAGGAUAUGGAGGAUAAAGAAUUGGAGAGUGUAAGUCCAUCGACCACUUUGUUGGCAGAGUCAAAAUGCCAAGACGAUGCAGCCGUUGGUGAAACUUUCAGCAGUGGACAUCUCCAUAAUGUUUGCACUCAAUCCUUGGUAAAUCCAGCCCCUGAUCAAGAGAGUCAACACAAGAGCGACCUUAAGCUAAGACAGGAAUUUGGCAUCAUCUCUGACAUACAAAUUUGUAUGCAAAGAAUAAAUACAACUGCAAAGCCAGAUCUACAACCAGAAAAACUUGUAGUAAACAAGCUCACAUUAGACGGCCUUCGCAAAUUGAUCCAAGAGUCACAGCUACAGUCAAAAAUCCAGCAGAUGAUUCAGGAGCCCCAAACAAAGAUUGAGGAGGAUAGAGGCAUGAAUGAAGUCGAAAGAAAAAAGCUGGAGCAAAAUGGAAAGGGUGCACAUCAAGAUGUUCCCUCACUCAGCACCACAAACAUUUCAUUUGACUCUAAAUGCAAAGGCAAAAAGUCACAAAAUGUUUCAGUUUCUUCCAUUGAAAACAGUUUGGUUUCACAGACUUUUCAAGAUGAAGUUUGUUCAUCCAGUCAAAAUUCUGGAGAAGUAGCAGAAUCUACAGCCAAUAAGGUUCAAAUGCAAUAUGAAAUUCCAGGAGAUAUUACUUGUAACACACAUUGUGUUACUCUCUCAUCAGAACAAGCUGUUACACAGACUACUAGUCAAACCCUCUCGCCUUCCUCUGCAACAAGAAAGACACCACCACGUGCAAAGAGAGGUAAGGUGUGCACGGCCUGUCCCUGUGGGACUGUGUUAGGGACUGCAGAGGCAACUUCAUCACUCCAACCACAAGAGAGGCCGAACCCACACACUGUUGUUGAGUCACACAAAGAGGCAAGAAACUGCUUAAAUAAAACACCAGUGGAGAGCUGUCAGUCUGACACUCCUCAGCCAACAAGAGAAUGUGAUCCUGUUAAGAAAGCAGGGAAGAAACGGUUAUCAAGCAGUCCACAGAAUGACAAAUCUCUGUCUAAAAAGUGCAUUAAAGAAACCUCACAUGCUAUCUCUGAGAUGUCAGAACAAGACAUUAGCCAUACACGAAUAACAUCAAACGAAACCAGCAUGCGGUCCAAUCCUUGGAAACAGCAGGGUCCUAAAGUAAAUGAAUUGUCAACUCAAGAUCUGUACUCUGUGGAAGUUCUGGAUGCUGAGGAGAUAAAACGCCGUGAGAGAAUCAAACGCUUGAAGGAUCUUCUUAAGGAGAAGGAGGCUGCGCUGGAAAGGAUGCAACGAAGCAUGGAUUUUUAGUCAUGUCUGAUUCUGUUUAAAAGACUACACCACAUGACAACAACAUGAAUAUAACUGGGAAUACCACCAUCAAAUGUAUAAGAAAUUUAUUUAUUUUGCACAGCAUCUUUGUUUGCUCUUACCUUUUUUCCCUUUUAAUAUGUAUUGCAAAUUUCUGUCAUAUUUUAUUGAAACUUUGUUGUGAUACCCAAGCACCUUGUGUUAUGCGUCUUAUUUAUAGUUUGCAGUAUAUUUAAGCAACACUAGAUGCUGUCUGUUUUUGUCAUCUUUGUGAUUUGAUUUUAGGUGCCUUUAUAAAUAUUUUGGUAUGUUUUUUUUUCUGUAUAAAACUACAGCCUAAUUUUUUUUUUUUUUAUAUAACAAACUUCAAAUACAUAGUGUAAAUACAAUACAAAUAAAAUAUGAAAUUGUUGUAGUGUCA